GUUUGCGCUCGUGAGCCGUUCAGCGAUUUUUCCGAAAAUCCAUCUCCGCCCAUGGCCAUGUCUCGCUCGAAGAAGUGCCUUCAGGCGCUGCUGCUGGCAGUUGCCUGGCAUUGGACCUGCACCUGGUGCUCUCCUGGCCGCGCCCGCGCCCGUUGGGUCAAGGUCGCGCAGCCCACCAGACGCCACGCGGCGGGAGACGACAUGCCCAUCCCUUCCAGCUCGAAGGAGGACCAGUGGGAGCUCUUCUCCGAGUGGAUGCGCGCCCGCGGUGCCAAGAUGGAGAAGGUGAAGAUUGCAGACGUGAAUGGCAUGCGUGGCUUGGUCGCCACCCAAGACAUCGCGGAGAACGAGUCCAUCGUCGAGGUCCCCCUGGGUGCCUCCAUCGACAUCAGCGAUCCCACGAAUGAGAAGGAUCCCAGUUUGAAUGCCUUGGCACUGCUCAGGCUCUUAGAGGAUCCAGAUUUGGCGCCAUACGUUGAGCUCCUUCCAGGCCGCGACUCACCAGACAUUCUCAGGAUGCCUGACUUCUACAGUGAAGAGGAGCUCCAGAUGCUGUCACGUCCCGUUGGCUUCCAUGCUACAAGUGAACUGCAAUGCCCGGAGGUCAUCCAAAAGACCUUGCGCCGCAGGGAGCUUUGUGCCCGUCGUGCGCAAGAGUCCUCCUUGCAGGAGGGUUCUGUGAAGUGGGCGCUUUGCACCGUGGCCCAGCGUGCAUUUUCCUUGGUCUCGCCCAUCGACGGCCUGUUGCGUUUGAUGCUGCCUGGCAUCGAUUUGUUCAACCACGAUGCCCACGCGCUGCACACCAUGAAAGUUCGAUGGAACUUGGAUGGCUACGUGGAUGCCGUGUUUAAGGUGAUCGCAGGAUCGCCCAUCAAGAAAGGCGAAGAGGUCCGCAUUUGCUAUGGCGGCAGCCCCUUCCGUCCGGACGGCUGCGGAGGAGACUGCGUGGGCGAUCUCGCUUUGACCAAUGCGCAGUACUUGAUGAGGUACGGCUUUGUGGAUGGAUGCAUGGGCACCACCAUGGUCGAUGGCAAGUGGCUCGUCAAGGACGAGUCCGAAAGCAUACGUGAAAGCUUAGCCAAGACCACGGUGCAGGAAGAUGACGAGCUUUUGUCCAGUUCACUGCCUUUGUCAGCGCAGACGGCACUGGAGUUCCGUCGGCACCUGAAAGUGGCGCUGAAAGCUCAACAGGAGGCUGAUGCCUUGGCUGCCAAGGCCGAAGCUGCUAAGAGUGAGGAGCAAAAGCGGGCCGAGGCAGAGGCCAAAGAACAGGCGGAAAAGGAGGCAGAGCUCAAAGAGGCCAAUGCCGCGGAAGCGCGGAAGCAGCUUCUGGAAGCGCUCGAGGAGAAGAGUUGACAGCGAAGUCGUGCCACGGAAGACGGUGUCCGCGGGCAAGCGCUCUCGACCGCCCACGGCAAAAGGCAU